AUGUCUAAGCACCCCGCUGUUUUGAAUGCCACACAUGAAGACAUGAGUCUUAUGCUUGCUGCUCAGACUCACAUCGGCACCAAGCACCUUGAGAAGGCUAUGCUUCCUUACGUGCACAAGUGCCGCCCCGACGGUGUUCACCUCAUCAACAUCGGCAAGACGUGGUCUAAGCUUGUCCUUGCUGCCCGUGUGCUCGCCGCUGUUGAGAACCCCGCUGACAUUGUGGUGAUCUCGAGCCGCACCUACGGCCACCGUGCCGUGCUCAAGUUCGCUGCCAACACUGGCGCGACUGCGAUUGCCGGCCGCUUCACCCCCGGUUCAUUCACCAACUACAUCACGCGCUCUUUCAAGGAGCCCCGCGUGAUUGUUGUCACUGACCCCCGCGUUGACCACCAGGCCAUCCGCGAGGCUGCAUACGUCAACAUCCCCGUGAUUGCGCUCUGCGACACCGACGCUCCUCUGCGCCACGUCGACAUUGCCAUUCCCGGAAACAACAAGGGCCGUCACUCGAUCGGUCUUCUUUGGUGGCUUCUUUGCCGUGAGUUCCUCCGUCUCCGUGGCAUUGUGCCCCGCACCCCCAACGGCUGGAACGUCAUGGUCGACAUGUUCUUCUACCGCGAUCCCGAAGAGAUUGAGCGCGAGCAGGCUGAGGCUGCGCUUGCCAAGCAGAAUGCUGCGCUCAACGCCAACAACGAUGGCAUGGAGGCGAUUGACUACUCUGUCGAGGGUGCCGGCGCCGGCGGUAUGAACCCUGCCGUCGCUGCCAACAUUGCUACGGGCAACGAGCAGGUUGACUGGAGCGCCGACACUGCUCAGGACUGGGCUGCGGAAUCUGGUGCUGCUCCUGCGACUUCCAGCUGGGACUAA